GUUUGCUUGACAAGGAGAAAGAGGUUCGGCUUUUGCCUGGGGCAGAGAGAGAAGGACUGACCAAGGUCACCCAGCUGGUCUCCCGCUACCCAGCCUGAUUCCUCAACCACAACCCCAAACUGCCUCUCAGGCACCCAUCAAAGACUGCAGGCGACAUGUCUUGGGACAGCAUUAUGACAUCUUCUAAUAAGACUGCCAGCCCCCCAAUUUUCCUCCUGACAGGUUUUCCUGGCCUAGAGAUACACCAUUUCUGGAUUUCCCUCCCCAUCUGCUCCAUGUACUUGGUGGCCCUCACAGGGAACUGCACCAUCCUCUUCGUCAUCAGGACGGACCCAACUCUCCACUCCCCCAUGUACUAUUUCCUGUCCAUGCUGGCCCUCUCGGACCUGGGCUUGUCCUUGGCCACUUUGCCCACCAUGCUGAGUGUCCUGUGGUUCAACCACCCUGAGAUCCACUUUGAUGCCUGCUUGGUCCAGAUGUAUUUCAUCCACACUUUCUCCAUUCUUGAGUCGGGUAUUCUAAUCUCUAUGGCCUUCGAUCGCUUGGUGGCCAUCUGGAACCCUCUGAGAUACACCAGUGUCUUGACCUAUGAGGCUGUUAUCAAGAUUGGGGCGGGGGUAGCCCUUCGAGCUGCCUUCCUUGUCUUCCCAGCCUCCUUCCUCCUGAAGCGUCUGGAGUACGGAAGGAUCAAUGUCCUCUCCUAUUCCUUCUGUUUGCACCAGGACAUUCUGAAGGUGGUGCUCUCAGACCGAAGGAUCAGCAGUGUCUACGGCUUGAUGGUGGUGGUGUCUUCUAUGGUUCUGGACUCUACGUUGCUUGUGUUGUCAUACAUUAUGAUCCUCAAAACCGUGUUAAGCAAAGCCUCUAAGGCAGAACGUCUCCGAGCUUUGAAUACCUGCAUAUCCCAUAUCUGUGCUGUCCUGACCUUCUAUACGCCAAUGAUUGGGCUCUCCAUGAUCCAUCGUUAUGGGAAAAAUGCUUCUCCGGUGGUUCACAUCCUCAUGGCCAACGUCUACCUUUUAGUGCCGCCCCUUAUGAACCCCAUUGUCUACAGUAUAAAAACCAAACCGAUCCGCACGAAGAUCUUUAAGGGUCUCCUGGGAAGGAAAAAGUCUGUCAUGGCCACUUAG